GCCACCUGACACAAUGAUAUCGAUAGAUUGUAUACGGCAUAGACAGACCAUGUCGACCAUUCGUAGUCGUAGAGACGGGUUUGUGUCAAUUAUCUAAUCUAGUGUAUUACUUAGACCAGGAAUAAUUAUGGAAGGAGAAGCCGAAGCACCUAUCACUGAAGAGGAGAGGAAAGUUGUUCAGGAAUUCAACUAUUUACACGAGAAAUCGAAGCAGCUGUUCAAUGGAUUGAGGGAUCUGCCACAGUAUGGGCACAAGCAAUGGCAAUCUUAUUUUGCUCGAACAUUUGAUGUUUACACCAAAUUGUGGAAAUUCCAACAGCAAAAUAGGCAAACUUUGGAUCUGAGGUACGGUUUAAAGAGAUGGCAAAUCGGUGAAAUUGCUUCUAAAAUUGGUCAGCUCUAUUACCACUACUACUUGAGGACCAGCGAAACUAAUUAUCUCCAUGAAGCCUUCUCAUUCUACCUUGCUAUACGAGCAAGAGGCUACUUCUCUAAAGUAAACAGGGAGAAAAGUCCAGAACUGAUGGUGAAGAAACUACGAUACUAUGCCAGAGUAAUUGUGGUUAGCCUUUUAUUACGGAAAAUGGAACUGGUCAAGGAUCUAGUGAAGGAUUUGAGUAGGAAUCUAGAAGAGUAUCGGUCUAACUACAAUGCUGAGGAUCAGCCUGAAUGGGACCUGGUGCUUGGAGAAAUAGAGGCCUUCAUUGAUGCUGAUGAGAGCAUACGUGUGUUAGACGAGCAAGCCGUAGCGCAAGUACAGACUCAUCGUCUUACGGAGAGUAUUGUUCCAUCCAAGGACCCUGCCAUCACCAGUGAGCUUUCUCUCCAAGAGGCCAUCAUCGUAGGAAACUGUUCCCACCAGGUGAAAUUCAGUGAGUUGACCCUUGAUAUGUACAGGAUGUUACAGACAUUAGAGAGGGAACCUACGCUGAGGGAAGAGAAUUCAACCAAGGACCAAGGCCAGAUCAAGAGGCAGAACCCUCACAAGUAUCUUCUCUAUAAGCCAUCAUUUGACCAGUUCUACACAUUCAUGUCUGCCGGAAUUAAGGAAAUCCCAGCUAAUUCUGUGCUCCUGGUGUACCUCGCAGCAAGUGCCAGCACGCCAGGGAAGCCGGACAGUGACGGGGCGUACGACCUGGGAGGUGUGGCCACUAAUCCGAAGAAGGAGAAUGGAGAAAACCAUGUCAAGAGAUCCACCCACCUCAAAGAUAUUCAUUGUAUUCAUCCUGGUGACUUGUAUCCAUUCUUAAGAAAACCUCUCUUCAUCAUUGUUGACAGUCCUAAUGCACAUGCAUUUACUAACAUUCCUAACCUGUUUGGCCAGCCCACCAUCUGCCUCAUGUCACCGAUCCAGCUACCCGUCACCAUCCAAGACAACGCCCCUCACAAGGGCAACCUCUUCACCCACUUCCUCCACUCGCCCCUGGCUGCCUUCUGCUAUGCCUGCGACAUCACCGACGUCCCCUGCCUCCUCUGGGCCAACUGCCAGGCCAUGGUCCAGAAGAUCAUCGAGGAGGGCCACAUCCAGAUCGUCAAGUCAAAGACAAUCGAUCAUGUGUAUAAGCAAUUCUUCAGUGAUGAGUUUUUGAGGUUACUGGUGACAAGAUUUAUAUUCUGCUAUGGAGCUUUGAGAUACCAUAGAGGAUUCAAGGAUGACAGCUACUACCCACGGAGCAACCCUAGCCUUCUUGGCCAUGACAUCCUAGAGAGCACACUCCUACACAAGCAGAUCCUUGACCUUGCCUCCAUGCUUGAUGUGAGGGCGCUCUUCCUUGAAUUUGGAGAGAUUGAAUGAUCCGCCACUGUACCCUAUUCACACCGGACAGAUAUACCCUAGACCAGACUGCUGACGGUACCCGGGUUGCCGAGAGUCUAUCAGUUUGGAGUCAAUGGGUCUCUUUGCUGGUUUAGUGGUGUCAUAGAAGUAUUAACCAUUGACUUUGAGCAGAAGUGCUUUAUGGACAAAGGAUUUUAUGCAUUUUCUCGGAAAUAAUGGUUCUAUAUGGGUGAAUGUAACCAGACGACAUUCAUCUAUGGUGUCUUUGAAAUGUAUUUAUUGAUGGAAUGGACACACUGAAACCCAGGUGGUCUUAGCUGCACAGUAUUAAGAUUCAUCAUUGCUAUGUAUACUGUAUAAAUGCACCAUGCGUCCAGUCAAUAUUUUGUUCGGUCCUGUGGUUUCCCCGAUGGUUAAUGCUGAUUUUGAGUCGGUCGGUACAUGUGGUCUUGUAAUGCUGUUGAUGCUGCUCUCUUGAAAUCAUCUAUGGAUAGUCCGUCAUUUGUGCCCUGUCAUGACGUUUGAUAAUUAUUCAUAACAAUACAUGCAAGAAAUCAGGGUCAUUCAAUAGACCAGUUCGUAGUUACUUCAUGGGCAAUUUUGGUCAAAUGACCUUUCAUUUCUUUCAUCAUGAUAGGC